AUGGAAAAUCAGAAGAAUGUCACAGAAUUUAUUUUUCUGGGACUGUGGAGAAAUCAGAAAAUAGAGCUAUUUUUCUUUUUCCUGUUCUUGCUUUGUUACCUGGCCGUCCUUAUGGGAAAUGUCACCAUUUUACUCACGAUCACCUGCAGCCACUUAAUCGAGCAACCUAUGUAUUACUUUCUGUGCCACCUUUCCCUCAUGGACCUCUGCUACACCUCCAGUGUGGUUCCCAGGCUCAUCAGGGACUUGGCUGCUGCAAGGAAAAGCAUCUCCUACAACGACUGUAUGACCCAGCUCUUCGCUAUCCACCUUUUGGCUGGUGUGGAAAUAUUCAUCUUAGUGUGCAUGGCUCUUGACCGCUACGUUGCCAUCGUCAAACCACUGCACUACACAGUCAUCAUGAACCGGAAGAGGUGCAGCAUGCUGAUUGGCAUGGCCUGGGGACUUGGGUUUUGGCACUCGAUCGCCCUGCUUCUCAUGGUACUCAGGCUGCCCUUCUGUGGUCCUAACCAGAUAGAUCACUACCUAUGCGACGUGAAGCCUCUUUUGAAACUUGCUUGCAAAGACGUUCGUGUUGUUAGUAUCUUACUGAUUGCUAAUUCGGGUAUGGUGGCGGUUGUCAUUUUUCUUGUGCUGGUGGCUUCCUAUAUACUCAUUUUGUAUCAUCUUAGGACAAGGUCAUCUGCAGGGCGUCGCAAAGCUCUGUCCACCUGUAGCUCUCACAUAAUGGUUGUAGUUUUAUUUUUUGUGCCUUGUGUUUAUACCUAUGCGCUACCUGCAGGGGACCACAACAAGGACAAGGAGAUCUCUGUGUUUUACACUGUGAUUGCACCCAUGCUGAAUCCUCUCAUCUAUACGCUAAGAAAUAUGGAGAUGAAGACCAUGCACAAAGUGUGGUCUCGAAUCAAGAAUGUUGGUCUGAAAUUUGUUUCACCAUCUUGCUCAUCUUCUAUAUCAUCAUUCUUUUGUCUCUGCAGAAGCAGUCAGUGGAAAAAUACAAAAGCUCCAGCCGUCAUCAACAUCCAGAAAGACUUUGAAAAGAGAAGAGGAAAACCUCAGGCUCCCCCAGUUUUAGUGAGAGUAGUUCUGAUCCACAACAGCACUUCCCCACUGAUGCAUGAUCACAGCCCUAUCCACCGCUUUGCAGCCCAUUAG